AUGGCCGCCGCAGUCCGCGACGGGCAGACUGCCCUCGCGCUCCGCCUCGCCAAGCAGCUCGCGCCGGCAAGCGGCAACUUCUCCGCCAAGGGCAACGUCGCCUUCUCUCCGGCCUCCAUCCACGCGGCGCUCUCCCUCGUGGCCGCGGGGGCGCGCGGGGCCACGCUCGACCAGCUGCUCGCCUUCCUCGGGGCGCCCUCGUCGCCGGGCCUCGCCGACUUCGGCCGACGCGUCGUCCACCAGGUCCUGGGCGAUCGGGCGGCUUCCGGCGGGCCGAGCGUCCUCUUCAGCGGCGGCAUCUGGGUCGAGGCCUCGCGCGGCGGAAUCAGCAGGGCCUUCCGGGACGUCGCGGAUCAGUGCUACAAUUCCGUGGCCCGCGCCGUGAGCUUCGCCGACAAGCCGGUGGAAGUGGCGGAGGCGAUCAACAGCUGGGUGAGGACGGCCACGAACAACCUCAUCGACUCCAUCGUCUCCGCCAGCGACAUCACACCCAACACCGACCUCGUGCUCGCCAACGCCGUCUACUUCAAGGCCAAGUGGCUCCACCCGUUCCAAGCCCGCCGCACGGGGCCGGGCACGUUCCACCGGCUCGACGGCACCCGUGUCGACGCGCAGUUCAUGACCCAGACCAUGUACGGCGUGCACUACGCCUCCUCCGUCGACGGCUUCAAGGUCCUCAAGCUCCCCUACAAGCAUGGCUCUGCCUCAGACGACACGCACUACUCCAUGUACAUCUUCCUCCCGGACGACCACCAGGGGAUCGCCGGCAUGGUGGACGCCAUCACCGCAGGGCCGGAGUACCUCUACAGUGUCCUACCCAAGACGGCCAAUAAGUCGGCCGUCCUCACGGUUAGGCUGCCCAAAUUCGAGACAAGCUUCGACUGGGACCUGGGCGACGACCUCCGUCUGAUGGGGCUCUUGCUGCCAUUCUCGCCGGAGUCGGCUGACCUGCGGGGCAUCUUCCACAAGAACCACUCGACUUACCUCAGCAAGGUUCUGCACAAGGCAGUCGUCAAGGUGGACGAAGAUGGGACGGAGGCGGCCGCGGCCACAGUGACGUUGAUGAAGGGUGCUGGAAGGAAGCCACCGACCCAGUUCGUCGCUGACCAUCCCUUCACUUUCUUCAUCAUGGAGGAGCGGUCAGGGGUGAUCGUCUUCGCCGGCCAUGUCCUUGAUCCCACCAACAGAUCAGCAUCCAAAUUGUAGAAACUAACUUCAGGCUAAUUCUUUGCAUUCUAAUAUCUACUUGUGCUA